AGCAACAACAACGACGCGCGCAGAAUAUUUAGUAAAUUCGAAGCUACAUAUUACAUUAAAUGAUGAUUAUUCGGAGUAGGAGUUGUUCAAAUAGGAAAUAUAUUUAAAUUGCUGGAAUUAAUUCCGUAAUUUGAAUGUACGAAUUAUGGAUUUACAGGAAUUUUUAUCAUUGGAGCGCAAGCAACUUGAACUGGAUCGUCAACGACUAGGCUCCGCUAGAAGUGGCCAGAAUUGCAAUAACAAUGACUGCCCGGCAGCCUUGUUAAUGCAAACGGAUGGCUUUGUGGCCGGACAAUGUCAGCGCAUGGCCAACACCAGUGGCGAGUGCAACGAACCCACCAAUGUAACAUACUCAACGUUAGCAACCGCCGAGCCCAAUCAAAACUAUGAACUACAAGUAGAUCUAAGCGGGCACAAGCAGGAACAGGAACAGCCGGCAUUGCCUAAAUCGGCUAAGGAAUUUGUGAAUCAACGUGAAUUGUUGGUCGGCAGCGCGCGACAGUACAAAUCGCCAAAUGCGUCGUAUCGCCAUUUGGAGCACGAACGUCCGCAAAGUGAGAAUCGUUUGCCAAUUGACCGAGGACAAGGCCGGGGAAGCGGUCGUAGACGUGGAGGCAACAAUGCGGAUGAUAUGGAGCAAUGGGUUACGGACACAUUUUAUUCGUAUUUUCCCGGCUUUAACAAUGAAAAUCAGAAACGACAGAAUUAUUUGCGUGAGCGACAGCGCGAGAAUCAGCAGAACUUUCUCAAGCACCAGAUGCUGCAUCCACCGGCGACAAAGCAGCGGCGUCAGGUGAAGCUGGCGCCGGAGGAGACACAAACAGCGCGUUCGAGUCACAGCAGCACGAGCACCUCGAAUAGCCGCACAGAUAAGACUGACCUAGAGUUAAUUGUAAAUAGCAAUCCCAACUAUGUGGCGCCUAAAAUAAAAGCAAGCAGCACGCGUCAACAAAUGCUGCAGGAUCUGGGUCAUGUGGAGCUGUCCAAUAUUGUGAUCGGCGAUGGAAUUAAUCAGCGCAAUAUGCGCAGCGCCGAGUUAGAAACGGCAAGGAAGAAAGACUACCAACGCGACUUGAUGCAGCAAAUUGAAGAGAAGCGACGCUCCAUAGAAGCGCUGCGCGAAAAGGAGCUGAGGCAGGAAGAGGCGCUAACUAGACGUUUGGAGGCGCAGCUUAAAACUAUGCAGCUAGAAGAACAAUUGGAAAAGCAGCGACAGCGCGCAGAAAAGGCGCGCAUCGAUGCUGAACAAAAUCGAAUAAUGCGUGAACAAUUGCUGAUGAAGCUGGAACAAGAUGCACAGGCGGCUGCAGCAAGAAGCAAGCAAACUAAAGUGGAUCACAGCAAGCUUAUCAACAACAACAAAGAUGUCCCUGAUAGCCACAACAUGCUUAGCAACAACAACAAAGUCUAUAAGUACUUCAGCAAUUCGGCGCAUCAUGAAUACAGACGCGGUCAACCACUUCCGCCUGCUGUGGAUUUGGAAUUUGAGCUGCCGCAAAUGGCCAAAAUAGAACGCGAGUGCUUCCAUCUAUGUGAGAAAAUAUGUCCGUUCUGCAAUGAUCCGCUCAAGAGCUACGAAAGCUGUUGUCUUCGUUGCCAGCGCAAGUUGGCGCUCAAGAUGAAGCAUCAGCGCCAAUUGCCCAGCACCGAAGAGACAGACACGCCUGAGCCGCAGAAUCAGCACCAGCCACAUCAGACAGAAGAGUCUGAUACUUGCCAAAGCAGCUAUGCAUUGGUUUGCGUCAAAUGCGAACGUCUCUAUGCUUUAUGUACUCAAUGCUUGACCAAGAGUGACGUCUGUCGAGCUUGCCAACGUGAGCGUAAUGUCUGCAUGAGCUGUCGACGUAAUUUGUGCUCUUUUUGCUUGGAAGAAAUAGCCUGUGGCAAGGACACCGAGCGCACGCAUGUCAACGAUAUAGAAGAUCAGCAGCAGCAGCAGAAGUCGCAGUCGCAGACAGACGAUGCUUUUCGCGUACUCGAGUUAAACUAUACGGCUGAUUCCCCAGCACCCGAAAAUAAUACCUCCGGUGCCUCUCCGCCGUACGCCUUUAACAUUGGACCUAACUCAGUGUUUAAUGCGGACGACUAUAAGCCAACGCCGGUCAAGCCACUGCCCAUGGAGGAACCACUGCCCACCGUCUCUGGCAGCGGCAACAAUAGCUUUGAGAUAGACAGCGCUGAUGAGCAGUCCAUGGAGCGUGUGCGUCGCCAAACGGAUAAACGUCUCUCCCGUUAUCUUGAGAAUUAUGGUGAUCUAGCUGUCAAGCAGCACCAGCAGCAACUACAGCAGCUGCAGCUACAGCGCAGCAAAAGCGAAUCGCGACAUCGGGGAACGCAAACAACGCCGCAAACAUUGGGCAGACGUGAUGUGGUGCUACAUGAAGCUGCCACUCAGAAUCUGUCAAUGCCACUGCUACGUGAAAUGCCCAAAAUGACGCGUAAGGAUACGACACCAACGCCUUCUGAAGGCAAGAAGCAUAUAGAUAAUCUCAAAAAACGUUGGGAGGUGCCCGCUGUGCAAAAGUUUACCGUCUCUUCGUCCUCUCCCAAAAUACUAACCCAAGUGGGUGCCAUACGCAAGCAGCUGCAGGCUGCUCGUUUCUUUGAUGACAUCGAAGCUGAUGAUUAGCAAGUGAUAGCUAACAAUCAUUUUUUCAUUUAGUGAAAAGAUAGGUUGCGUUAAGUUAUUUUAUUUUCAUAUUUUUGUCAGGAAUUUAAAUUUCUCACAUACUCCAUAUUAAUACAGUCCACAUAACAUUUUUGAUUUUUUUUUUGUAAGCCUAGCCAUUAAAUAUACUUGAUUAUUAUAAGCUAAUACCAAGUGCUUCAGCUGUCUUAUGCGGCAACAAAUUUUGUUAAUGUUUUAUACAAUGAAAUGUUAUUACUAAGCAUGAAAUUUAAUAUUAUA